GUCUUCACACGGCACUUUGGAGCUGUAUGUGUUCCUGGUGUCUUAAAGGCUUUGCCUACACUGGAGGAGCUCGAUGUGCGGGAGGUGAGCGUCAGCUCGGCCGUGCUGAAGGGCGCGGCACCCCACUCCCGUUUUUACGGUUCGCAGUGCGACCGCCCUAACAAGGAGUUUAUGCUGUGUCGGUGGGAGGAGAAGGACCCGCGGAGGUGCCUCCAGGAGGGCCGCCAGGUCAACCAGUGCGCCCUCGAUUUCUUCAGGAAGAUUAAGACUCACUGUGCAGAGCCAUUUACUGAGUACUGGACGUGCAUUGACUAUAACAACUUGCAGGAGUUCCGUCGGUGCCGAAAGCAGCAGGCAGUGUUUGAUAACUGUGUGCUGGAGAAGUUGGGUUGGGUGAGGCCUGAUCUGGGAGAGCUAUCUAAGGUGACGAAAGUGAAGACAGACCGUCCCAAGCCUGAGAAUGCCUAUCACUCUAGACCUAGACCAGAGCCCAAUCCACCUAUUGAAGGAGAGCUGAAGCCUUCUCCGUUUGGGAGUAGGCUCUUUUUCUGGUCCUGGUAAAAGUGGGCAGACUGUGCCGUAACUGAAGUGCAAAGACAUUGCUUGCAAAUGUAAACUGUCCGUUAUGUGUUGGGUAUAUCUUUAAUGAUUAAAGAACCCAAAACUGUUACAUGUGGCUUAGUAGACUUCUUU